UUAAUCUUCACGAUGCGGUAGAGGUAACCCAACAUUUUACCUAAUGACAGUUGAUGUAACCAGACAGUAAUUGAGCUUCCCGCUUCAUAGGAAUGAUAAAUAGGUAAACAGUUCACGCAAACGUGAUUUGCCAGAGGAUCACACACCUUAGUCGCUCGCGGUCGUAAGGUUAAGCAUCUUUUAAACAGAUUUCAACGUUAAAUACUGCUAGAAUAGCCUGCAGCUAGUGCAGUCGCGUUUAAGGAAAGCGCGAUCAAUAGAAAAAAGUGCCAACUGCUGCGAACAAACUUAUCUGCUCGUGAUAAACUUCAAUUAAACCUGCUAACCUCGCAUACAUGGCGAGCAAGUAAAGACUUAAGGUGUAGAAGUUGUGUUCAACUACUAAAGUAUAGUUGGUAGAUCUUUCCGCCGUCUGAUCUUGCGAUUCCAGAAACGGUUCUACCGGCACGCAUAUUCACCGAUCAGAUAUGUAGCAUAGCUUCUGUGUAGUUCUGAUACUGUAUAUGAAAUAAGACAGGUAUUGUUUAACUAUUUCGUUUCUCAUUCAUUGAACUAGACGUCAUGGUGAGGCAUUGUAAACCGCAACGACUUUUGUUUUCAGCUGCUGUCAUCAAGAUCAUAUUUGCCACAUGGCACGAUACCGACAAGCGGCCGGGGACUUUUAUUAUUACUACUACUAUUAUUAUAAAUCGAGCUAUAUAGAAGGAACGACCCAUUGCCUUUUCUCGUCGUAAAAAAAUAUCUUACGUAUAUUGACAGAGUAAAUUUUAGAAGUCCCUUUUCUUUGGCCGACUUUGCCGGGUCUUUGUGCUUUGGUUUUAUACGACUUUCUUCUUUUCACCAAGAUCGCUAUUCUUUUUUAGUUUGUUAAAUACUGUACAAGUAGCUCGUCGCAAUUAGCAAAGACUGCUUAGUGUUUGUGACAUCCGUUGCCAAUAUCUUUAUGACAUUACGGGUAAAUGUUGAAAGCAUUUCUAUACGCUAAACCACGAAUACAAGAAAAAAGUGUCGACAACAAAAACGCGUCGGUCAACGGCGCGCCGACGCAGUCCUUCGACUCCUUAAGGCUGGAUGUCACAGGAAGCUUACUCAAGAGGAGAACGAUCCUCUAAAAAGGUUUACGGAAGCUCAGUACGUGCCGAACACUGUGACCUCUCACUCGGCCUAAAACAGUAUUUGUGAAGAGAAGUGGUGCUGGCAGGAGCAAAACAGAUAUAAUUGCAUGAGCUCCAUUCUAGUAACAGCGGGAACCAUUAGACCGUUGAAACGAUUUAUGCAUUAGGGAGUCUAUCAAAGGAGCCACGAAGAUGCCAAAGAUUGUCGCCCGCUUUUUAAAGAGUAUAAAGCAAAUCAAACGCUUGGCGAAGUUUGCCAAAAUGAGUCGUCCGAAAUGUAAUGAUGAGAUAAUCUGGAGUCUGACUCCUGAGGAGCCGGACGGCGUAUUCGCUGGACUUCGCGUAGAUGAAAGAUCAAAGAACGUACCGUUCCGUCUGUUAAGAAAAGAGGACAUUGUCAAUGCUAUAUGCCGCAUGCUGAAUAGGCCAUACAGAAAAUUUGACUCCGACAAACCGGAGCGUAGUCAACAAAGACGAUUGCGCUUUAAGCUUCCCAUAGGUCCGAAAGCAAGAAAGAAAAGCCGAAAACAGAAGCGUAUGAGCGUAAUCCGGAAGCACGCCAAAUACACAGCCCAUUAUCUUGCGAUGGGAGUCGCGUCGUCUGCUGCAGGAUACGGAAUACCGCCAGGAUUUAAUCCGAACGCCUUCAUUUCGGCCGAUCAACAGCACGAAUACCCUGAGACAUAUACCCUUCAGCAACUUUAUUGGAUGACACAGCAUAAAAGGGAUUUGCACGCACUGGCCAAUACUAGCAUGAUAUGACCUGCUGUAACCGGGUUCUUUUCCGAUUUACUCAUCUCCGAGUCGCGUUCUAACACUGUCUGGUUGGUAGUUAUAGAUACGCAAGAUUGCUUUAGACAGCUAGCACGGAACGAGACGUAACGUCAACAUCGGCGUUUAUUUCGGUACCCCAAAAUUAUUUUGCUAACCUAGGAACUUAGUUAAUGUGGUUCAUUUGCAUUGUCUGCAGGACAUUCUAUUACAAAGAGUCACAAAUAAAUAAGUAAAUGUUUUGUGUCCGAUACCGCCGUUAAAUGUUACUUCAUACGGCCGGGUGUUUGCAUGAAACCCGAUUUACGAGCUACGCGACAAUGUGUCCCGGUGAAACAGAAGCUACUGUCCUCUUAGGCCUAACUAGAGCUAAAAGCUUUUCUAAUUAAUAGGCCGCUGUAGCAGUUGAUAGUAAAAUGGGCAUGGCAUUGA